CCAGAAGGAAACAUCCCAGACGGCUGGAUGUGGUUUUAAAAGCUGAACCAAAGCGACGCAGAGCAGGCUGGAGAGAACUCGAGGAGGACGGAGCUCGGACGGACGUUUGAUUUUUGGCAGUUUUGGGGAGGAAACUUCCAGGAAGCACUUUACUAUGGACUCAAACGACUGUGACCACACGUCCUUGCACUGUUUCAGCCUUCAGGACAUAAAACGGAUUGUUGUUAAAGAAGAACAGCAGGAGUGUAGCUCCAGUGUGGACCAGCAGGAGCCAGAGCCCCCCCCACACAUUAAAGAGGAACAGGAGGAACUGUGGAGCAGUCAGGAGGGAGAGCAGCUUCAAGGGCUGGAGGAGGCUGAUAUCACCAAGUUCCCAUUCACUCCUGUCCCUGUGAAGAGUGAAGAUGAUGAAGAGGAAGGGCUUCAUCAGAGACAAACUGAACACAUGAAAAGAGAAGCUGAUGGAGAGGACUGUGGAGGACCAGAACCAGCCAGGAACUCACAUCCUCAUCCACUUUUACAACCAGAGACUGAUGAUAGUGUCGAUAGCGAUUUCUGGAAGGAGAGCAGAAAACGUCCGACAUGUUUGAACUCUCUGGAACGUGAGGAAGUUCCGGUCAGUGCAGACAAAGAAAAAAAUUCAAGAUGUAAGAAAACAUUCAGCUGCUCUGAGUGUGGGAAAAGAUUUGGCCGCAAGACGCGCCUAAAUAGACACAUGAAAUGUCACACAGGAGAGAAACCUUUCAGCUGCUCAGUUUGUAAAAAAUCUUUUUCAGAGAAUGGAAGUUUACAGAAACACAUGCGAGUCCACACAGGAGAGAAACCAUUCAGCUGCUCAGUUUGUAAGAGACAUUUUGCAUGGAAAGGACAUUUUCAGAGUCACAUGAGAAUUCACACCGGGGAGAAACCUUACAGCUGCUCAUUCUGUUAUAGAGCUUUCCGUGAAAGUGGGAAUCUUAAGAGACACAUGGCCCUCCACACAGGAGAGAAAAAAUACGCCUGCAGAUUUUGUGAUGAAAAAUUCACCUGGCCUCAACAGCUCAAAAUCCAUCAGUGUGUUUGUCGACAGACUGGAGACUCUUCUGAUCCUGAGACUGAUGACAGUGCUGAUUGGAAGGAGACCAGAGAACCUCAGUCAGCUCUAAACUCUCUGAAGAAUAAGGAAGUUCCUGUCAGUGAUGAGAGAUGUAGUUCUGGCGAGAAAUCAUUUAUCUGCUCUGAGUGUGGGAAAAGAUUUGGCACCCAGACAAAUCUAAGGAUCCACAUAAGAACUCAUGCAGGAGAAAAACCUUUCAGCUGCUCAUUCUGUAAGAAAUCUUUUACACAGAAAGGCAAUAUGCAGAAACACAUGGUAAUCCAUACAGGAAAGAGACUACAUAGUUGUUCCGUUUGUGGUCAAAAAUUCUUGUACGAGGACCAUGUUACACAACACAUGAAAUCACACACAGGAAAAGGAGCUUUCAGCUACUCGUACUGUGAGAAAUCUUUUUCGCAGAGUGGGAUCUUACAGAGACAGUCGAAUGUGACACAGCACUUGAGAAAUCGCACUGGAGAAAAAACAUUUGGUUGUUCUGUCUGUGGUGACAGAUUUUCAUACAAGUCACAUCUGACAUCACACAUGGUCGUCCACACGAGAGAGAAACGAUUCAGCUGCAGCGUUUGUGAAGAAAGAUUCCCUUUGCAUUCACAGAUCGAAACGCAUGAAUGUGUCGGUCGUCAGUCGUCACAGCUUCAUCAGAGUCAAACUGAGGAGAAGAGAAAGGUAGAGCCUCCAGCCAGCAGAUAAACUCAACACAUGGAAACAGAAGCUGAUGGAGAGGACUGUGGAGGACCAGAACCAGCCAGGAACUCACAUCCACUUUUACAACCAGAGACUGAAAACAAGUCUGUGGAGGGUUAGGGUGACAACAUGUUAAA